UUCUCCGGGCGCGUCUCCCGUGGCGGUCGCCCCCGCGCAUGGGCGCCGCGCCGCAGGGGGCCUGACCCCCGCGCUGGUCCGCCCGCCCCCGGCCUCGCCAUGGCCGCCCGCGCUCCCCCCACUGCACCUGCGGCCGAGGACCCGGGGGGUCCCGGAGGCCCCCCGCGCAAGAAGAAGUCCCGCUCGGGCCUCCGGCGCGCCUUCAGCUGGCUGCGGGGCAAGCGGCGCAAGAAGAAGGCGGCGGGGGCCGAAGGCGCUGAGCCGGCCGCCCCCCGGGCCAAGAAAGCAGACGACAAGGCCAAGAGGGCCAAGGGCAAAGGCCGAGGCUCUGCCAAGGCUGAGACUGACAAACGUCAGAGUACAGGGUCCGGACAGGGACCAGUGUCUGUAGUGGAUGAGCACCAGGACAAUGUCUUCUUUCCCAGUGGGCGAGCGCCUCACCUGGAAGAGCUGCACACGCAGGCCCAGGAGGGGCUCCGCUCCCUACAGCACCAAGAAAAGCAGAAACUGAACAAAGGUAGCUGGGACCAUGGAGACACCCAGAGCAUCCAGUCCUCCCGGGCAGGGCCAGAUGAAGACAGCAUCUCCUUCUGUAGCCAGACCACAUCCUACACAGCUGAGAGCUCCACUGCAGACGAUGCUCUCUCCAUCCGCUCGGAGAUGAUCCAGCGCAAAGGUUCCACCUUCCGACCCCAUGACUCAUUUCCCAAAUCCUCUGGAAAGUCAGGGCGCCGGCGGCGGGAGCGGCGGAGCACAGUGCUGGGGCUGCCGCAUCAUGUGCAGAAGGAACUCGGCUUGCGGAGUGAGCGUGAGGCACCAAGUACUCCUCGGCCUCCUGGCCCACGGGAUGCUGUCCGCAUCCCCACUGUGGAUGGCUGCCCUGCCAGUUUGGCAUUAGGGACGGGGGCCCGAGUGUCCCUGCAGGCACUAGAGGCAGAGGCUGGGCCUGAUACAGAAACCAUUCUGCAGCGCCACAUCGACCGUGUCUAUCGGGAUGACACCCUCAUUGGCAGGUCCACAGGGGCCCGGCCCCCACCAUUGAUCCGGCCCAUGUCACUAGCAGUGCCUGGACUGACAGGAGGGGCAGGGCCACCAGAGCCCCUUAGCCCAGCCAUGUCUAUCUCACCCCAAGCCACCUACUUGUCAAAGCUGAUCCCACAUGCUGUGUUGCCACCCACAGUGGACGUGGUGGCCCUGGGCCGUAGCAGCCUGCGCACACUGAGCCGCUGCAGUCUACACUCGGCUAGUCCAGCCUCUGUUCGCUCGCUGGGCCGCUUCUCCUCACCCUUGAGUCCACGGCCCCGCAGUCGCCAUCCUUCUUCCUCCAGUGACACCUGGAGCCACUCUCAAUCCUCUGAGACCAUCGUGUCUGAUGGUUCUACCCUCUCCUCUAAGGGGGGUUCUGAGGGACAGCCAGAGGGCUCUGUGGCUAGCAAUAACGUGGUGCCCCUUCCCCAAGGGGGCAGCGGGAGGGGCUCCCCCAGUGGGGGCACUGCUGAGGCGUCAGACACAGUCAGCAUUCGGAGUAGUGGGCAGUCGUCUGGCCGGAGUGUGUCCUUACGGAAGUUGAAACGGCCUCCACCCCCUCCCCGCCGGACCUACUCCCUCCAUCAACGGGGCUCAACAGCACCUGAUGGGCCCUUAGGGUUGCCACCCAAGCCUGAGCGGAGGCAGCAGCCACAGCUGCCCCGGCCACCCACCACAGGAGGAUCAGAAGGGAUGGGAGCAGCACCCUGCCCACCAACCUCUACAGGCUGGGCAUCUGGCUUGUCUCCAAGUGGCUCCCGACGCCCUCCACGGUCCCCAGAACGGACACUAUCACCCUCCAGUGGAUACUCAAGCCAAAGUGGUACCCCGACCCUCCCUCCCAAGGGUCUCGCAGGUGCUCCUCCUUCCCCUGGCAAGGCCCAACCCCCUAAACCAGAGCGGGUUACAUCCCUUCGAUCUCCUGGAGCCUCUGUCUCCUCUUCCCUCACGUCUCUGUGUUCUUCUUCCUCUGACCCUACCCCUUCAGACCGCUCUGGCCCACACAUGUCAACCCCUUUGGUUGACAGGUUUGUCAUACCUCCUCAUCCUAAGGUGCCUGCCCCCUUCUCCCCACCUCCCUCAAAGCCCAAGAGCCCUAACCAAGCUGCCCCUGCUCUGGUUCCUGGGAUCAUCUCUACCACUGAUACCAGCCCUGAAGCCCCUCCCACUCCUCAGACAUCCCUGACCCCACCCCAGGAGUCUCCUGUUGUCUCCAAAGACCAGUCACCCCCACCUUCCCCACCUCCGUCUUAUCAUCCACCCCCACCACCUAGCAAGAAAUCAGAGGUAGUUGAGGCCCCAUCUGUCCCAGAUACUGCAGAGGAGCCCCUUCCAGAUCCCAGCUGGCCCCCGCCCCCACCCCCUGCCCCUGAGGAGCAGGACCUGUCCAUGGCCGACUUUCCCCCACCUGAGGAGGCCUUUUUUAUGGCUAGCCUUGAUCCUUCAGAGCCCAGUAAUGCCCUGGCUGCUGCUCAGAGCCAGCCCCAGGGUACCCCAGCCCUUCCUCCAGAUCCACCAGCCCCUCCUCCAGCCAUUUCUAGCCCUGAGCUUCUGGCCAAGCUUUCUUCCAAGGAGCCUGUGGGCUGCGGCAAGAGUAGUGGAGCUCCCAGAGAGGAUGCUGGUGUGCCCUUGGUCACACCCUCGCUCCUGCAGAUGGUGCGGCUACGUUCUGUGGGUGCUCCCACCGGGGUUCCAACCCCAGCACCAGGGCCAUCAGUCCCCCAGAAGCCGCUGCGAAGGGCCCUGUCAGGGCGGGCAAGCCCUGUGCCUGCCCCCUUAUCUGGGCUCCAUGCUGCUGUCCGGCUCAAGGCCUCCGGCCUGGCUGCCGGUGAGAGCCUUGGGAGCGCCCAGCCCAAUGGACCCCCUGAAGCAGAGCCAAGGUCUCCCCAGUCCACUGCCUCCACAGCCAGCUUUAUCUUCUCCAAGGGCACCAAGAAACUGCAGCUCGAGCGGCCUGUAUCCCCUGAAGCCCAGGCUGACCUGCAGCGGAGUCUGGUGGCUGAACUUCGGAGCAUCUCAGAGCAGCGGCCACCCCAGACCCAGAAGCCUAAGGCUCCCCCACCUGUGGCUCGCAAGCCGUCUGGAGGAGUCCCCCCACCCUCUCCCAGUUUUCCUCGGGCUGAGUCUCUUCCUGCUCCUUCCACCAAUGGGCUCCCACAUACUGAGGACAGGACUAAGGGGGAGCUGGCGAAGAAUGGAGGUGUGCAGCUGGCUGGCACAGAGAAGAUGGGUACCCCCAGCUCAGACCCACAGAGAGAGCUGGUGUGACCACCACUCACUGGCACUGCUGACCCAUCCAGGAAUACAAUCUCUCAGGGACCUGAGCAGCUCCAAGGACGAAAGGAAACAGCAGACACAACCUAUGAGAGGAUGCCUGCAGCCUUAACCUCCACAACCUUUGACGUUUAUGCAAGCCUGGUGUUGCCCGUCCUCCAAGUCACCCAGCUCUCAUGCCUUUUCCUAAGAGGAUUUGCCUCCAGUAGCUGCUGUCUCAGCCUUGGCCUUAGCCUCAUCUUGAAGGAGGUAGCUGGUGGGAGUGGGUGGCUGUGCCCCUGCUGGCUGAGGCCACAGAGGUGGCAGCAGAACACUUGAGUUUAUUUUGUUUCAUUUCCAAAUCAUGCACAUAACUGUAGUCCAGAAUCUAAGCACUUUUACAAAGUGGUCACAUAUUCAUUCUCCAGGGCUCCUGAAACCACAUUCCAAGGGCCUGUUUACAUGGUGGCUGCAUCAGUCCUUGCCUCCCCCAAUCCAGUUUGCUCCUUUUCUUAGUUCUUGGAGAUGGGCAAGUCACUCCCACAGGCUUCCCCAGGCUGGGGGCAGGAGUGGGGCUGUGGAAUUCCAAAGCACAAAAGGUACAGUGGAGGCUAGCUUUCCUGUGCCUCAACUUACCAUCGACCACCCUCCUGCCUUCCAGUUCUGCCAGGUGCUCCGUGUGGGGGACAAGAAGUGGGAGACUGCCAGGACCCAAGUAGGUGGGAGGAAGAACAACCAGAGGGGAGGUCCUAGGCACGCCUAGUCCUCAGAAAAAAAACAAAAAAAACCCCCUCAGACCAGAGUGGGGAACUUCUCAGGGGGCCCUUGGCAUGCUGAGCAUCUGCCCCUUCUUUGGAUUGGCUUGGGGUAGAUGGGCACAACUUCAGAGGCAGGAGCCCAAGGUCUGUGCCCCUUUCAGCUUGGCAGGGAGCAAUGAGGGAGUGGGAGGAGGGUGAGUCUGGCAUUGAAUCCAGAUCUGGUCCUUAGGCUUCUUUCUCUGUCCUUUCUCUUUAUUCUUUGGUGCAAGUCCUUUGUGCAGCUGCCUUUGAUGUGGGUGGUUCCACUGGGGGGAGCUGACAUAGAGUGGCAAGAAUGGGAAGCCAAAGGUGCACUUUACUUCAGACUCUUCCCUAGUCAAUGAGGGAACAUCCACUGCUCCUGGGGAGCAGGCUGGAUGGUUGUCUUCAAUGUCAGUCUCUGCUACUGGCCUCUUCAGGAAUUUCGGUGACCUUUCUGUUUUCAGCCUGUACCACCUAUCUAGGUAAAGUGGCUUCCUUAUCUAUUGUGGCUGCACAGGGCUGGCCCCAGAACUCCCUCCACAGCAGUAUGGCAGCCACCCAGGGCCACUUCUUGAUUUUCUUUCAACAGUGACUUUUUUUGAGUCUAGCAAGGAACCUUGCUUUUAGCUUCUCCACUACCAAGAAUAAUGACAUGCUACUCCCUGCCACUAACAACCUGGUAAGAGCUUGGGACAUAGGGUGCUGGGUGUAGUGGUGUAGGCCUGUAACCUCAGUACUUGGGAGGCUGAGGCAGGAGGAUCUUGAGUUCUAGGCCAGCCUGCACUACAUAAUGAGAUCCUGUCUCAAGCAAAACAAAAAAUAGAGCUGGGGACCUAACUGGUAUGUGUGAAAACCAAGUCUCCCCUGAUCCUCACUGGGGCUUCUUCAUCUAAUCACUAUCUUUUCCCUGUGGCUACAAGCCAACAUCCUUCCCUUGGCCCACGGGUGGAGGGGAGUGAGCUGCUGUGGAGAGAACUGGGGAAGGAAGACAAUCGAUAGGCUUUGUCCUGACCCAGGCCCUGUGGUAACCUCAAAGCUCCUGUGGCAGAAGGCAGCCUGACUUCUGUCCGUCCCUCCUGCCCCUCUGAUUUUAGUUAUCCUCAGUUAGGAUGUUCUGUGCUUGUUUCCCCAUCAGGUUGGCCAGUGUACAAAGGAGAAGGGUGAAUCUGGAAGAGGCAACCCCUCUUUGUCCUCUGGGCUAAAUGAGCUUGACUUUGUGCAAAUGGAGAGACCAAAAGCCUCUGAUUUUUAAUUUACGUACAAAUGUUAAAAGAUAGAAAUAUAUAUAUAUAACACAUAUAUAUAUAUAUAUAAAUUUCUGAGUCUUUGGUAUGUCUAUACAAUCCAUUCCCUCUGCCCUGAAGCUUGAGUGAGACACAUGAAAAAAACUGUGUUUCAUUUAAAGGUAUUAAUUAAUAAAUGAUUGAAACUUAGCUGUGACUGCUGUUUCCUCCUGUCCCUCACCAUGUUAAAUGGGUCAUAUGUGGACAACGAGUAGUAAGUUAGUAAUAGUGGGAUAUGUAGUAGUAAGAUUUGAGGAGAGCACACGUCAUACAAUAAUGUGAAAACAAUCACCAAGCUAAAGAAACACAAAAGGACCUGGCUGCUGCUUCAUGGGGAACGGCCUGGGCAGUGAUCUACAUUUAGAAGGACCUAAAGCUGGGCCUCUUCUCUUUACUUAGUACUGCCAAAGGGAAAGCCAGCUUUUCCCCCAUUCAUCCCAUUACAGGGCC